AUAUACUGUUUAGGUUUUAUAUUUGGGAUCAAAAUUUUCUCUGCUUGUUACAUUCCUUCGUCAGAGGCUCGCUACUGCUAGGUUGAAGGCUCAUCGCCGUGGAAGGUUCGCCACCGUGGAAGGCUCGACGCCGUUGAAGACUCGCCGCCGUCGAAGGCUCGUCGCUGUCGAAGGCUCGUUGUUGUCGAAAGCUUUGCCGCACCCUGCCGUCGCCGAACUAUCGUAGACUCUACCACCAUUGUCGAAGGUUCUGAGAACAUUUCUCCUUUGGCGAGAAGCAAAGGCAUAUCACUCUGCAAGCCAAAGAUGGAAAGAAGAUAACUAAGUCAAAAAAGGGAAGAAUUGGAUCUACUAAAACCUAUAGUCCUGAACUGCAGAAGGGAAAGCACAAAAAAGGUCAAGACGCAAAUCAAGAAGGUGAAUUAUAUGCUCGGGCAUUUUAAAGAGGAGAGCCAUAUCCAGUGGAGCGUGGAGCCAGUUAUUGACAACAGUGGGUGGUUUUUCAAACUCAUGGUGAUUUCAAGGACAAUUUUUAGUUCAGUUCAGUUAAACUGAACUAAAAAAUAGUUCAGUGCAGUUUUUUUGAACUAUUUUUUAGUUCAGUGCAGUUUUUUUGAACUAAGUUAUAGUUAACCACAAAUUUUUAUAGUGCAGUGCAGUAUGUUACAUUUUGCCCACCCCUAAUCAUAUCAAAGAAUUGAGCUUGGCUUAUUUAUUGGUUAUGUGUUUUGUGCGGAAUAGUUGAUAAUUCACUGAUAUUGAAAAGUAAAAUUGAGAACCCUAAAAUCAAGAACGCCUACCAUCUCACAUCAAGACACCCUCACAGCCAUUCUUCCUCAACCCGCCGUCGCUCAGAGCCAGCCGCCGCUCAGGCCCAUUUGUCAGAAGUCACCAUCGCUGUCCACUCCACUCACAGUUCGCAAGCACAUUUUGGUUGCUUAAAGUGUUCCAUCACCGUCUUCAAAGCAGAACGGUGUGCAAGAGCAAGCUUUAGCUAGAUUGGAGACGAAGGGGGUGCGUGGGACGUCAGGACUCUCAUUAUAUGGAGGACAACGCACGGCAGGAGAAAGUUAGAAAGUAUGAAGAAUUUGUUGACAAACGCUUGAAACCUGAUCUUAUUCAUGCUAUUAGUCAACGGGACAAGGUUUUUGAACAACAGAAAAUUUUUUCUGAUCUGCGAAGAAACAUUGAAAACCUCGAGAAGAAUAGUGUAACCAGUCUAAGAACUUUGGUCAAUCUGGGGUCUGAAGUAUACCUGCAGGCAGAAGUGCCAGAUACUCAACGCAUAUUUGUGGAUAUAGGAUUUGGAUUCCAUGUGGAGUUUACUUGGUCUGAGGCUUUGAACUACAUAGAAAAAAGGGAAGAAAAGAUAGCCAGGCAGAUAGAAGAGUACACCCGGUUGAUUGCAUCAAUUAAAGCCCAAAUCAAGCUUGUUUGUGAAGGGAUUCGAGAAUUACUUCAACUUCCAGCUGAGAAAGCCUUACCAGAGCGGAUAUUUUGAUAUUUACCAAAUAUAUACCAAGUUGCUCAUGUCUUUAGCCGUCAUUCAACGAUGUAAAGAAGAAAUGCUGAACAAAAACAAAGAUUGAUAUUUAUCGACCCCAAAAUCUUAAAUCUCUUUAUGUGAUCUUGUACCAAGUACAUGAAGAUACAUUAAAUGCUAUUAGGUUUUUUAGCUAGCCUUUUUUCUUUGUAGUUAUAUAGUACCAUUGUGAUGCCUCAGCCUUCAUGUAAUAUUUCAAGGCGAGAUCUAGGGGAUUUUCAAUAUCAGGCUUCAGUUUUUGUAUUUUUGGGUCAGCAAAUCAGGCUUAUUAGAAAGAAGGAUAAGAUAAAAGUGAUGAGAGCUGUAAAUAGAAGAAGGGUCAUGUUGCAUGUCUUUGAGAUUGGCGUGAUAUAGUAAUGGGAAAAAAAGGGAGAAAAGUGGGAGGUAGGCUUGAGUUGCAUUAAAUGAGAGGGUAUAAUGUGAGUUACCAAAUAGGUGUUGCUUUAUGCAGUUUGCAAUUUGUCUGUGUAAGAGUGUAUGAGAUGUUAAGGGCAUUUAUAUCAUCUUACAUGGUCCUUCACUCAAUGUCAAACACACAACACUAGCCUACACUUUUCCUUUGAAUAUGCAAUGGCAAGUCAAAUUAGGAGGGAAUGACCAAACCAAACCUCCCUCUUGCUCGCUAAUUUUUACAUCAAUUUAAGCUUAUAGGGAUUGGGUUUUCAUCUUCCA